AUGGGACUCAUAGUACAGAACAUUAAUUUCUCUCUCCGUUUUCCUCUAACCGCUCUAAAGAUGGCCGGUCUCUGGGCGCCGGAUGGAAUGAAAACCAGGAGGAAGGCUCUGUAUUAUUGUUAUACUUUUGUAAUUCUCAUGUUCCUCUUGGGCACAUUACUCGUCUUACAAGUGAUAGAUCUGUAUCUCAUCUGGGGCAACCUGUCUUUAAUGACGGGUACAGCUCUCGUAUUAUUCACUAACAUCUCUCAAGUCACCAAAAUUAUAAAUCUCAUCGCUCGUCGGAACAACAUCGACUUUCUUAUAAAGGACAGUAACGAUGAUCUGGUAGCUGAGACUAGUUCUCGUGGCGGAGAGUUGAUUAAAAGGUGUGACCAUGAGACCAGAAAUCAACAAGUUAUAUUCCUGCUCAUGACUUUCGUUACUACCAUCGGCUGGGCGACCAUCACUGACAAGAAUGGACUCCCUCUACCGGCUUGGUACCCUUACGACACCAGCAUCUCUCCCGCCUACGAGCUUACCUACAUGCACCAGACGUUGAGCAUCAUGAUAGUGGCUGUACUGAAUAUCAGUAAGGAUAGUCUGGUCACAACUCUGUUAGCGCAGACUAGGUGUCGACUUACACUGGUCGGAUUGGCCUUGACUAAUGUAUGCAGCGGUCUCAUGCCUCGAGAAAACUACAAACCUGGUGGCGGGUCUUCUAACAAGCUCUUCACAUCAAACCAAGAAGCGAUAGUAAAGAAUCGUCUUCGUAUAUGUGUUCAUCAACACCAGAGGGCGCUACGGGCUGCUGAAAUACUGCAGGAAUGCUUCUCUGUACCAACAUUCGCUCAGUUCAGCGUCUCACUCAUUAUUAUUUGUGUCACCGCCUUUCAAGUAUUGUCUAGCGAGCAGUUGGCCCGUAGAGCGUACGAGUCGCCGUGGUUCAUGUGCAGCGUCUCCGUGCGCCGCUCCAUCCUGAUAAUCAUGAUACGCUGUCACCGCAUCGUCAAGUUCACCGCGGGAGGAUUCACGACGCUGUCUCUCGCCACCUUCACUGCUGUACGAGUUUGA